AUGUCCUCCACUUCCUGUUCUAUUCAACGAAUCAAAUUCUGUAAAAUUGACAAGGCAGCAGUGAUUCCACGGAGACAGACCACUGGUGCGGCUGGAUACGACCUCCAUUCAAUUGAGAACGUCUGCAUUGGCCCACAGGAGUCAGUGAUCAUCAGAACGGGUCUCUUCAUUCUACUACGCCCAGAAAUAUUUGGGAUGAUUUUCAGUAGAAGUGGCCUAUCCUACAAGAACGGGAUUGAAGUCAAGAACUCCUACGUAGUAGACAGGAAGGAGAUCGUAAUUACGGUAGUGAAUAACACGAAUAUACCAUUUGUAGUAGAAAGUGGAAUGAGGGUAGCACAGUUGGUAUUCAUAAAGAAGGAUGAGAGGAGAUUUAAUAGGGUAGGUAGCAGUUAG